AUGAUCUUCGCAAGCAUCACCGCCGCCCUCGCCCUCGCGUCGGCCGUCCGCGCGCAGCUCACGCCCUCCAACCUCGUCGCAGCUUCGACCUCUGGCUCGCUUUCUGCCAUCAAGUACACCAAGGUCGGCGGCUCGGGUUCGUACAACCAGGUCACGGACAUCAUCCCUGGGACGUUCCCGACAUGCAGCGCGAACCCGUUCUGCGUCACCAGCCCGAAGCAGAUCAGCGGAAACCUCGCGCCAUUUGAUGACGAGAUGACGAUCGCCUUCCGCGGCCCACUUAACCUUUACAAUAUCGCCGUAUUCCAACCUACCAACUCCUCGGGGUCGACUUGGAAGCAGGUCAGCUCAUGGGCGGCGGACAAGAAGCCGUCCAACUUGGUGUUCAUGAACAACAAGGGUGGCUCCAAGAGUGGGGAGUGGUCUAUCUGCGCGGGUGCCAGUCAGUCGUAUGCCAACGGCGACUGGACUGACGCUGCCUCCUCGCCCAACGCCGAGCUUGCUCCCGGUUUCCUGCCCGAGACUCAGGAAGUGAACAUUGUCACGAACACUUCCUGCGCCGAAGAGGCAUGCGACGGAUUCUCUCGUGGCACCGCCAACCACGGUUGGGCAGCGAGCAAGAUGUUCGUGAUGACCUUCGACAUGCCCGCCUCCUCGAACCCGGCCAACGUCCCCGCGAUCUGGGCCCUGAACGCGCAGAUCGUCCGCGCGGCCCAGUACGGCUGCAACUGCCGCGGGGUCGGCCCCGGCGGGUGCGGCGAGCUCGACAUCCUCGAAACCGUCGCGGGCCAGGACGUCACCCACGCGAUCUCGGAGAUCUACUCGCCCAAGGGCGCGACCGGCUCCGGCGCGAACUUCUUCGCGCGCCCGCAGAGCGGCAAAGUCACGUACGGGGUCGUCUUCGACGUCAAGACGGACGCGAUCGCCAUCCAGCGCUACACCGAGUGGGAUUACACACAGACGCAGCUCGCGCGCAGCGCCAUCGACGGCUACCUCGCCGCGCCGGCGAUGAACGUCGCAUUCGGGGGCGCGAACGGGCGCAGGGCGGACAUGCCGCGCUCGGUGUUCAGCGCGCACCGCCGUCGCCGCCACAACUGA